AUGAUGAGAGCAUAUUUCUUCCAAAUUCAGGUAUUACUUGAUUGGGCAAGACAGUCACUGAUUGCGUUUUAUAAGAAAAAACUUGACCUGAAGGAAGACAUUGUUGAAAGGCUUUGGAUCUAUAUAGAUAACAUUCUACACAGCAAAAAACUGCAGGAUCUCCUCAAGAAUGGAAAGACAAUUAACCUUCAGAUUUCCCUAGUCAAGAUCAUAAAUGAGAGAAUAGCUGAAUUCUCUCUUUCGGAAUCCCAGAGAAGUGUGUGUGCUGUGCUGAGCUGCUGCCAGGGCAUCCUCUCGACGCCUGCCCUUGCUGUCAUCUACACGGCUAGGCAGGAGCUGAUAGUGGCAUUGCUGAGCCAGCUGUGCUGGUUGGCCUGUAGGCAGCCGGAAGGAGCCAUGGUGGCCCAGUUAUUCGAGGUCAUUCACCUGGCACUUGGCCACUACCUCUCGAUCCAGCAACAGCAAGUCAACCCAAGACGUGCCUUUGGGGAGGUGACUGGGCACUUGCUCCAGCCCUGCCUGGUCCUGAGGCACUUACUCUCGGGGGGCACGUGGGCACAGGCUGGGCAGGGUCAGCUGCGGCAGGUGCUGAGCCGGGAUGUAAGGAGUCAGAUUGAGGCCAUGCUUCGAGGUGGAGCUUUUCAGCCCGAGUUACUCUCGUCCUACAAAGAGGAGCUCUUGGACCAGCAUGAAGGGGACAAGAAGAUAGGGGCCAUGAAGAAUCUUCUAGCUCCUAUGGACACUGUGAUUGCCAGGCUGGUAGAUGCUGGCUACUGUGAACCGUCCCUUCAUGCUGCUGUUGUAGCCAACUCAGUGGCCUUGCUGUAUAAGCUCUUUUUAGAGUCUUACUUCAAGGAGGGGAACCAGCUUCUCUGCUUCCAGGUACUCCCCAGGCUGUUUGGCUGCUUGAGGAUUUCGCACCUGCAGGAGGAGCAGCUAAAAGCUCUGGCCACAUCAGAUUGGACCACAGAACUCCUGGUUGUAGAACAGCUGCUCAACUCAGUGGCCAACAACAAUAUCUACAACAUUGCUGCUGAUAGGAUCCGGCACGGAGAGGCUCAAUUCCACUUUUACCGCCAUUUGGCUGAGCUACUGAUAAACCAUUCACAAGCAUCUGUGCCGGCCUGGUUCCGCUGCCUCAAGGCUUUGAUGUCUCUGAAUCAUUUGAUUUUGGAGCCAGACCUGGAUGACCUGUUGGCCUCAGCUUGGAUUGAUGCAGAAGUGACAGACUUUCGAACCAAAAAAGCACAGGAGGCACUUCUUCACACUCUCUUCCAGACGUAUGUCAAACUGCGACAAGUGCCGCGGUUGUUUGCGGAGAUUCUGGGGGUGAUCUGUCGUCCAGCUGCUGAGGUGCUGAGGCAGCCUGUGCUGACCUCGGGCCCCUCCAGGGUGCUUAGUGAGUGCCUCCUGGAGUUGCCUCCGAGUCAGAUCUUGGACACAUGGUCACUUGUGUUGGAGAAGUUCCAGUCUUUGGUCUUACCUUAUUUGAGGGGUGAUGCUGACAUGGCCUUGAAGUCACUGUCCCUGAGCUCACUGCUGCACUGCAUCAUGUUCAAUAUGAGGAGCCUGGACAGCAGCACCCCUCUGCCUGUCAUCAGACGAAUGCAGUGCACGAUGGAGAGGAUGCUCCGAGAGCUUGUGAGGCCCCUGUUGGACCUUCUCCUGGACCCCCAGGGCCCAGAGCUUGAGCUCUGGCUACAGAAGAUCAGUGACUCUGCACUCUUGCUCUCUUACACUUGGGCCCAGGUUGACGCCAUGCUCAGUAUAAACUGUAGCCAGUAUCACUCUGUGUCUGGGGCUCUUACAGAUGUUGCUCUAGAGAUCUCAAACCUCCCCUUGUUGCUCCCAGAUGUUGAAACAUGCCAUUGGAAGAAGAUAGAAAAGUUUACAGCUCAGUUUGACUCUCUUGGCAGGUAUUGUUUGGAACAGCUCUACCUGCAGAAAAUGAAAAGGACUUUAAUGCAAACUAGUUUCCAGUCUGAAGAAGCCCUCUGCAGUUUGAGGUGUGAUGCUGCCUACAUUCUUGGUUCUGGCAGAGAAAGCUUGAAUCGAGGGACAGCAGCUUCCUGGGAUGGCCAGGCUGGGACAGUGAGUGCACUCACAUACCCUGUAGCUCACUGGCACUUGAUUGUGUCGAAUCUCACAAUUUUGAUAUCCUAUCUUUGUCCAGAUGAUGUGAGAUCGCUGGCCAGUGUGCUGCUAAGAACUUUACCAGUGAGCAAAGCCCAGGAAGGCUCAGCAGAUGAAGAGCCAAGCAUCACACUUGAGAAAAUAUCCAGCGCUGUCCUUCAUAGCCCUCUCUUUCCAGAAAUGCAGUCCCUUCAUUCUGCUUUCUUAAUAUGCCUAACUGAAGGAUGUACUAGCAUCCUGUGUUCUGGGGUCCAGAGUGACCCGAGUCUUCUCAGUCAACAACUGCCCUGGCUUUUUGAAAAGGACCACAUGGUGGUGGCUUUUUGGGAAAACAGAUUUGCAAAAGUCGGACCUGAAAGUGUAGAACCAAAAGGAGAAAUUGCCCAAAACUUACUGUCCUUGGUCAAGAGUGACUUCCCCAUUCAGCUGGAGGGAGAACAAUUAGAGAGCAUCUUGGGACUUUUGGAAGUUAUUUCUACUUUGCAACUGGACAGCCUCUUGACUCCCUAUCAUGUGCAUUAUUUUUUUCUAUUAUUGUCCGUGGCCAUCACCAAGCUGGGGAGCUCUUGCUCCUCCUCAGUGACCCUCAAGUUUUUGAUGACUUGCUACCGGCUUCUUGGUUACCUGCAGAGAGGCAGAAGUGCUCGCUCAGUGCUCAAGAUUAUGUAUGUUAGUGAUAUUUUUGAGAUUAUGUUGACCUCGUUGUUCAAAGCCAGUAGUAGAUUUCCUGUUAAUAUGGAUGACCCCUCUUGGUUGGAAUUCCUCCAAGUGAUAGGGGCAUUCUUAGAACAACUAAUGCAGAUGCUUAUCCAGAUGAAGCUCAGCCUGGUGCUCAAUUUCAGGAAAAUCACUGGAUUCCUCCACAAACUGUACACUGAAGCAACUACAGGCACACAGAUGGAAAAUCAGAAUCCCUGGGGCCGGCAGCUCCUUCUGGUGUCUUUAACCAAGUUGUGCCAAGUCCUGGGGCCUUUUGUCAGAGAGCGGAAGCAGCAACAUGAGGCCCCAGAAGCGCUGUCCGAACUGCUGCAGAAGGCCAUUCUGCACACGGGAGCGGUGCUGCAGCUCUGCUGGGUACAGGGGGCACAGGGCCAGCGCCUUCCCUCCGUCUUCAUCGCGUCGGUCAGCACGCUCUUGGAGGCGGAUGUGGACCAGCACUCCAGGCACAGGACAGAGAUUUCCCGGAUGACAGACAGGAUGCCAUUGUCCCAUACCGCCUUCUACCAGAACGUUUACUCUCAACUACUGUCAGAGUUGCCGGCUCUUGCAGGAGACAGUCAGUGUUUCCAGGCGGCCAUGCGGUUUUUAACUCUGUUCUUUUUGGCCCCAGAACUACAUCCCAAGAAGGAUUCUGUUUUUACCUCCAUGUUUCAUUCUGUGAGAAAAGUUCUUGCAGCUCUCUUUAGCACCAGUGACUGGGUUUCUUCCCAAGAUGGACUUCUUAAGAGAGAGCUAGCUAUUUCUGCUAAGUUUUUAUCCCUUUUCUCUCAGGCCAUUUUGUCAGCUGUUACAUUGACCAGGUUGCUCCUGAACUGCCCACUCGGCGGAGAGAAAGCGAGUCUGUUCUGGUGUGCGUGCCCCCAGAUAGUCACGGCUCUCACUCUGCAAAACCGAGAGGCUUGUCAGGAACAGCCUGUGCCCCUGGCGGUUGUGGGGCCUAUUUUGGACGUCCUGGCAGCCUUGCUUCGACAGGGGGAGGAGACCAUCAGCAACCCGCACCAUGUCAGCCUGGCCUUCAGCAUCCUGCUGACAGUCCCUUUGGACCACCUGAAGCCCCCUGAGUAUGGGAGCAUCUUUCUGCGGAUACACAAUGUGCUCUUCUCCAUCCUGCAGUGUCAUCCGAAGGUGAUGCUGAAAGCCAUUCCUUCCUUCUUGAACUGUUUCAAUAGAUUGGUGUUUUCAGUUAUGCAUGAAGGGAGGCAGAAAGACAAAGGAAGCACAGAUGAUCUGUCGGUGGUCCUUGAGUGUGCCCGCCUGGUGGAAAGGAUGUACAGCCACAUUGCAGCUCGGGCCGAAGAGUUCACGGUGUUUUCCCCCUUUAUGGUGGCCCAGUAUGUCACGGAGGUGCAGAAGGUCACCUUGUAUCCGGCAGUGAAGGGCCUUCUGCAGGAGGGCAUUUACCUCAUCCUGGACCUCUGCAUUGAACCAGACGUCCAGUUCCUGCGGGUCUCCCUGCAGCCGGGGGUGAGAGACAUCUUUAAGGAGCUGUACAAUGAUUAUGUGAAAUACCACAAGGCGAAACACGAAGGAGAGAGAAGAUACACGGCUUGAGGCUGUGUUCCGGAAGUGCUGCUGGCGUUACUAUGGAGUGGCUUUGACUCUCUGGUCCAAAAGAGCUGGAGAAGGAGAGACUGAAGGUGUUCUAAUUUGUGAUGUUGAGAUAUGUGGAAUACACUUUGGGUUUAUAUAAUGUAUACUGUAUUUUAUAGCCAUGUUUUUCACACUGAAUAUUUUUUAACAUACCUUUUUAAGCAGUAUGUAUUGCAAAUAGAAUCUUGAUAAUUGACCCCAGAAUAAGGUGAAUUUAAUAAAAAAAAUUGCUGAAUCUC